CGCUCACGUUGUGUAAGAUGGCUGCGGCCUGUAAUUCUAGAAACUCGUUGUGUGUAUGCGUGUUUACCUCGUGAAGAAAUCCAGGUAGGGAGUAAAGAUGGCAGAAGUGUUGAACUUAAACAAUGAAGUGGUGAAAAUGAGGAAGGAGGUGAAGAGGGCCAGAGCCUUGAUCAUUCGGAAACUCACCAGACAGAUUGCCAAACUGAAAAAGAAAAAGGGCAAGGAGGCGGAGGUCGAGAAGAACCAGAGAAGAGCAGCCAGGAUGCUUGAAGAAAUUCAUGAAAUGAAGACUCUUAAACCUGACCACGUCACCAAAACGGCCCUGCAGAAAAACCUCAGCUUCGAGAAGGUCUGCAAGAACCCUAACUCCACGCUUUCGGACCGAGCGCUUGCACGCAUUGCCACACAUCCACAGAUCAGCAAGAAGAUCCUGGAGAUUAAAGCAGCCAUCAAAGCCUUCAAAGAUGAACGGCGAAAGCCUGCUGAGGGAAAGCAGGCCACAAAAUCUGUGAAGGACCCAGAGAUAGAAGCUGUAAAAUCAGAUGAUACAGGCAGUGAUGAUGAUGAUGAUGAUGAUGGUAUUGAGGAGGAAGAGGAGUCAGAGGACAGGGAAGAGGAGGAGGAUGAGGGGGAGGAGGAGGAGAAAGAGGAAGUGAAUGGUGCCACAAAAGACAAGCAGAGUCACACCGCAGAUGACCCAGCUGAUAGAACCUGCAGUGACAUUAAAAGCACGGCUCCAUUGCAGGAAAGCCAAGAGGCUCAGGUACAGUCUGAAGGCAAAUCAGAGACCCUUAUGGAUCAGGAAGGCUCCUUCGAAGCUGCCUGUCUGCCAAAAACUGCACCGAUUACUGAGGUCAAAGCAGCGCAGGAACGAACAGCAAAGAAGCCUCCAUCACAAAGGUCAGUUUCCAGAGUGGAAAUCAAGGACCCUGUCAUCGUGGAGGAGAAAGAGGAGAGUGAUUUGGAGCUCUCUGAUGAUGAGGGAGAGAAGGAGUACUUUGAUGACAGUACCGAGGAGCGGUUUCGCAAGCAAUCAUCUCAGUCUGAGGGCAGUGAUGAGGAGGACGACUUCUUCCUUGGCAAAGUGAGAAAAUUCAAAAAAAGAAAAACGAAGCCUGGGGAGGAUGAAGAGAAGAGGGGCAGCCAUGAGGGAAAGACUGCUGUGAUCAAGGAGCCGACGGCAGACACUGAGACCCAAGGAAAGCAGGACUCAAAUCCAAUGAAGCUGCAGUCGGUUUUUUGUAGUACUUUGUCAGGAUCGAAAGGUACCUUUGGGAAAGGUGGGAAAGGACCUAGGGAAGUUUCAAAACCACCCAGGUUCCAGAAUGUAAAGAGAGGACCUGAUGGGUCUCAAAGAUCAUCCAAGUUUCAGAACCGAGGUGGAGGUCUCGGCAAAAAACCGAUGCCAUCCAGGUUCCAGAACCAGAAGAAGGGAGACCCACAUGUUGCUCCUUGGCCGCAGGACAAGGGUCCAGCUGCACCAAAGGGCCGGCCACAAUUUGAGAAGCAAAUGGACCGCAGAGGUGGUGCAGGGAAAGUCUCCAAUCCUUCCCAGCAGACACAGCAAGCUCUCCACCCCUCGUGGGAGGCUAGCAAGAGACGGAAAGAGCAGCAGGCCCAAAUUACAGCCUUCCAAGGAAAAAAGAUUAAAUUUGACGAUGACUGAUAUUUCUUUAAAGGACAAAUGAAUGGGUUGACUGCUUAGUUUGUGCUGUAUGUUUUUAAAAUACCCUGAGCAAUAGCACAGUACUUGUAACUCACUGGACCAUUAUUUUGAAUUUUAAUAUGUUCAUUGACAUCAGGCAAAGUGUACCAGAGCUUCUUCAUUUAUUUAACAGAAAAAUAUUCCUUAGGUCU